AUGGGGUUUUCCACCGCUACACCAGAAGUCCAACCCCGCUACCGUCAACUCUUCACCGAGUUAGAGAACCGCUUCAAAUCAACUACUCUGGGCAGUGAUAAAUGGUACAUCCUAGCCAUUUCCACCCUAGUUGCCAGCCCAGAUCCAGCACGAGCAGACCAGCUCUACCUCCACCUUACUCAGCAAGCAGACUACGCAACCUCAGCAGCCCGGCAAGCCCUGAUCCGCCGGCUGCGCGAGGCACUCGUCAAAUCCGUUCCCAUCGUCGGAGUUUGCAGGCCCAUCGAGGCAAUUUUGGCCAUUAGCGAGGUCGAGCGCGACGAGGACAAGGAUUUCACCUUCACUCGCGAGGGAUGGCAAUGUGAUGAGGCGAACCACAAGCGGGGCACAGGGUGGCUGCAGACGCUGUACGCGCAUAACACGACAGACACGCUGGAUCUAUUCAAUGCGCAUAAGGAUUUCUCUUGGCUGUCCAAGGACAUCACUUACGGGUUGUUUUUGUCGGAUCGUCAGGUCUUGGAUGAUCUUGAUACACAGCUUGUGGUGCUGCCUGGUAUCAUGAGUCAGAACCUGCCGAAGGAGACCCAUUGGCACAUUCGUGGUACGAGGCGCAUUGGUGUUCCUCAGGAAGAGGUCCGGGUUAUUUGGGAUUGUGUGCAGCUUGUCGCUCAGUUUCAUGAUGUUAAGCUUCACAAAGUGCCCACUGUUCAGGCAGUUGAGUAUGAUGUUUAG